UCGUCUUUCAAAAAAACACAUACGUACAUCACUUCCCUGUACGUUUUUCAUUUCAUAUACCCAAAGAUACUUUUUUUUUAUAUAUAUAUUUGCGUAUAUUUGUGGAUAUAUAAUGGCUCCAGCUGCUGCAACAAAUGGGUCAGAUUCGAUCAAACCUAGAGAUGUAUGUAUUGUUGGUGUUGCACGUACACCACUUGGCGGGUUUCUUGGUUCCCUUUCGUCCUUACCAGCCACCAAACUUGGAUCCAUAGCAAUUGAAAGUGCUCUAAAGAGGGCAAAUGUUGACCCAUCACUUGUACAGGAAGUCUAUUUUGGAAAUGUUCUUGGCGCAAAUUUGGGUCAGGGUCCUGCCAGACAAGCAGCAUUAGGUGCAGGAAUUCCUAAUACUGUAGUUAGCACCUCAAUUAACAAAGUUUGUGCAUCGGGGAUGAAAGCAACCAUGUUGGCAGCACAGAGCAUCCAAUUAGGCAUUAAUGAUAUAGUUGUGUCUGGCGGUAUGGACAGCAUGUCUAACGUCCCCAAAUACAUUGUUGAAGCAAGGAAAGGAUCUAAAUUUGGACAUGACACUCUUGUUGAUGGAAUACUGAAAGACGGGUUGUGGGAUGUUUUCAAUGAUUUUAAGAUGGGAAAUGCUGCUGAAAUUUGUGCUGAUACUCACAAUCUUACAAGAGAGCAACAGGAUGACUUUGCUAUUCAAAGCUUUGAGCGUGGUAUUGCUGCCAGAGAUAGUGGUGCCUUCACAUGGGAAAUCACUCCUGUUGAAGUUCCUGGCCCAAGAGGAAAACCAUCAACUAUCGUUGAUAAGGAUGACGAUUUGGGAAAGUUUGAUCCUGCUAAAUUAAGGAAGCUCCGGCCAGCUUUCAAGGAGAAUGGUGGCAGUGUUACUGCUGGCAAUUCCUCUGGUAUCAAUGAUGGUGCUGCUGCACUAGUGUUGGUCAGUGGGGAGAAGGCACUUGAGCUUGGGUUAAAGGUGAUUGCGAAGGUUUCAGGAUAUGCUGAUGCUGAACAGGCACCCGAGUUGUUUACAACUUCCCCAGCCCUUGCUAUACCCAAGGCUAUUUCAAGAGCAGGACUGGAGGCUUCCCAAAUUGAUUUCUAUGAAAUCAAUGAAGCAUUUGCAGCUGUCGCUCUGGCAAACCAAAAAUUGCUGAACUUGGAUCCAGCAAAACUUAACGUACAUGGUGGUGGCGUGUCACUGGGACAUCCUCUAGGCUGCAGUGGUGCCCGCAUUAUUGUCACAUUAUUAGGGGUUUUGAAGCAGAAAGGCGGCAAAUAUGGAGCAGCCGGUGUAUGCAAUGGAGGUGGAGGUGCAUCUGCUUUUGUCGUAGAACUUGUUUAAUCUCGAGGACUUCUUUAUCUAAACCAAAAUGUUGUGCUAGUUUUUUUUCUUCGUUUUUUUUCCCAUUGAUUUUUUGUGUUCCCUUUUUUUCCCACCAUUAAAGAAGUUAUUAUGUGUAUUUAGAAUCUUUCGAUUAAGAAGCAUAAGUUGGCAGUUGCUUAUUAA